AUGAUCACCACAAGUGAUGAGAGGAGUAUGAAUGAAGUAGGACACCUCCAAGACAAUCAAAAGGGAAACCAGGAAGAAAGGAUCCAUGCACCUCAACCUACACUCAAGGAAGAGCUGAAGAAGAAGGAGACACUUAACCCAUAUGCACCCUUUCCCCAAAGGCUUAGAGGUGGUGUAGCAGGAAGAAUGUAUUCAAGAUUCCUCGACAUGUUUGCAUCUCUUGAUGUAAAUAUACCAUUUAUUAAAGCCCUCCAGCAAAUGCCUUCCUACAUAAAGUAUAUAAAGGAGCUAUUAGCCAGAAAGAGUUCAUUGAAAGGUGGACAAACAAUAAGGAUGAAUAGGGAUUGCAGUGCUCUUAUUCAACCAGCGCCACCCACAAAGAGGAAGGAUCCAAGGAGUUUCCAUAUUCCCUGUGCCAUAGGAGAAAUAAUGAUUGAUAAAGGACUCUGUGACCUGGGAGCGAGCAUCAACUUAAUGCCUCUAUCCCUCAUGAAAAAGCUUCAAAUCAAUGAGCUAACACCCACAGAUGUAAUCAUUAAGUUGGCUAACAAAACUCAAAAACAGGCAAUAGGAGUGGUUGAGAAUGUGCUAAUGAAGGUUGGGAACUACUUCCUCCUCACAGACUUUGUUGUCCUGGAAAUGGAUGAGAACUCUAUUUACCCCAUCAUUUUGGGAAGGUCAUUCUUAGCCACAGCCAGAGCACUCAUAGAUGUGAAACGAGGAGAGCUAGUGUUGAGAAUACACGAUGAUCAGCUCACUUUCAAUGUUUUCAACCUCUCACAAGAAGCAGAUCGUGAUAACAAAGAGCUGAUGGAGGAGCCAAACAAGGAAGCACAAGCACCACACAUAAGGACUCCUAGGUUAACAACCAAUGUGAUCAGAAGGAGCAACAGCCAAGUGUAA